AUAAACUCAUCAGAGUAACCUCUUGUUCUCGUUCAUCAGUUCAUGCAAACCCACUACUUUUGUAUCUCUCCAUAUAAUUGACAUCUUCAAAACCUCUCUCUGAUCACAAUCUCAAUUAGCUAGCUCUCUGUUAUUUUCUUCCUAGCUUCAAGGACUUGGAAUUAAUCCUGCAAAAUCUCUUCUUCAAAAUCUUUCCAAGCCUUCUUCUCUCGUUCGGGUUUUCUUUUGUGGGUCUUCCUCAGAAAUAGCUAAUUCCAACAACCAAACAUGAAGAACCGAGCUUCUGUUUUCCUAAAACAGAUCAUCUCUGUGAUAACCACCAUCGUCAAGGCCAAGUCCUUAGCAAUCAAGAGCAAAACAAGCGCCAUGAAGACUCGCCUUAUAAUCUUCUCGCUCUUGAAGAACAAAAAGGUUUUGUUGGCUUCAAUCUCUCACAAACUCCACGCACUGACCGCACAGCAAGAUAAAAGACAAGACAAAGACGAGAUGGACGACCAGAGCCAGGCUACCAUUGAAUUCAAUAGCAGGGCCAAUGAGGUGCACCCCAACCCAAGUUGCACCGAAUUGGUGAAGGUAGACGGGGAAGAAGAAGAAGAAGAAGACGAGGAUGAUAAGUACCCGGACCUCACCCACUCGCUGUUCGACGACGAGAAUGAUGACUUCGUCGACCAGGGUGGGUCGGUUAUAGAUCUGGUGAGGAACUCUAAGGAGGACAGAGAGAACUUCAGCCUUGAAGACGAGAUCGACCACGUUGCCGACUUGUUUAUAAAGAGGUUUCAUCGGCAGAUGAAAAUGCAGAAGCAAGAAUCGUUCAAGAGGUAUCAAGAGAUGUUGGAGAGGAGUGUUUAAAGAAAGAAAAGAAAACACAAGAUUGAUGUCUAUAACUUCUCUUUCGGGAUUGAAAUUUGGAGCCCAACCAGAUCAACAGCUAGGUUCUGUGGAGAUUGUUGGGUGGAAACGAUCCGUAAUUAUCGGCUUCGGAUCCGAUUUUCUUUUUUCUUUCUUUCUUUCUAUUGUUUCUCAUGCACUUGAUACUGUAAUUGUAGAAUAGUUAUAACAAAGGAAAUAAAAAAUGGCACGACUAUUUUUUUAGGCCAAAUCUGAGUCUAGGUUUUG